AUGAAUUACGACGAGGAAGAACAACCCGAAGAGGAAGGAGGUGAGGAAAUUCAAGCUUCGGUUGCCGAAUUGGCGCAAGCACCCGUGCCAAAUGCAAUACGAGGGAUAAGGGCGUGCAAGCGUUGCGGGCUUCUAAAGACACUCGAUCAAUUCAUUAACGAAGGAUGCGAAAAUUGUCCCUUUUUAGAUAUGGUCGACAACCACGAACGAACGAGCAUGUGUACGACGGCAUUUUAUGAAGGUCAUGCCGCCGUUAUGGAUCCGAGGGAAAGUUGGGUCGCCAAGUGGAUUCGAGUCGAUAACAAUCUGCCAGGAGUUUAUGCUAUAUCUGUCACGGGACAAUUCGAUCGCGAUACCGAAGAAGAUUUAGAAAAUAGAGGAUAUCGAUGGAGGUGCAAGCCGUCGGCGUAA